AUGCAACACAUUUCGAGACUGGAUUUUGUCCAUCCCAGUCGUCAAAAAAUGGAAAUAUCACGUCGUACUGUACCCAGAUAUCGACGGACUGCUAGUAUUGAUUCUAGUUUGCAUGGUUACCGGGAGUCUCGAGUUCCGUCCGAUAAAUGUGAUUCCUCUCAAAGUAGAUUGAAUGAAUUAAGCGGGUCAGUAUGCAAGUUACAUCGCAUGCCUUCAACAGAGGAAGCUCAAUUUCACUCAGCUCUUCAGCAUCAUAGUCGAGUAGGAAAUAAACCCAUACCGUCUACAUCACUGCUUCUAAUCGAAAACCAACAUGCCCCGAAAUUGGGCUCGCAACAUACACAAGAUUCAGGUUACCUUUCAAUCGAUCCGAGUGAUUGCCGAUCGAUUUCAUCUCGCGGUCUGAAUUAUUCCAUGUCUCGACAAAUCUCUCAACCAUUUGAUGAGCUGGAAGAAUCUCGGAUAAAAAUGAUGGAAUUGACCGAGGCACAAGCCCUAGAAAGUAGAAAAUCAACAUCAGUAACUACUUCCUUGAUGGGGAUCAGUGCAACCCACGAUGCACAACGCGCCAGUGCCACCGCACGACCUAUCUCUUUGCAAAAUAAUCCAGGCUUGGUGCAAAGCAGCCUAAACCAUAUGAGUUUUUCUCCACCAAGUGCAAAGAAGCCACGGGCUCAACUGGAUGUGAAUGAACCGACGCAAAUGCGCAAGCGGAAAUAUCUUCAUCCCAAAAGACAAUUGCCUUGGACCCGCUCAAAAAGUGGGCCUAGCAUUCAAAGGAAGAAAUUGCAUCCAUUUGACGAGUUGCUUCCGACUCCAGCAAUUUGGACUUCAUAUCGUGAGGGCAACGUUUUUCAAUCUCGACGGUCAUAUCAUUCGCGUGCUUCCGAAGGCCCGGAAGUGACUAAACAUCAGUCUACAAAGUCUAUACAACCAGAUUCCAAUCCAUAUGACUAUUCUAGUAUUGCACUGGUUAGUGCUCCAAGCACUAAAGUAACACACAAUCCCAUUCAUAGUCCGCUACCAGCUGAAACUGAUCAGUAUGAUUGGCCGCUAUACUCGUCAACGGCAUCUAUGAAAACAGGAUCAGCUGAGGAUUAUUUAGACGCCGUUCCUUUAAUGAAAUCAAUCGGUCGACGUAUAAGCUGGCCACCGAGACGGUUCAUUUAUCGUGCACCCAGUUCCUACAAAACAACAUCUCGGAGAAAUUCAGAACAUUCCAAUUCAAGUGCCACAAUCAUUGCCAGCCGAUCCUCUCCGAUCCCUUCGACCACAGUGUAUCGACUAUCGGUGCCUCCCAGUCAGUCAAAACAAGAAGAACAACCAACGAACAACACGGAAUCUGAUAUUUGGUCCUCAGUAAUCGCCUGGGGGCAAGCGUUUCCACACAAAGCGGUACGGUUUUGCAUGAAAAUGAUCCAUCGAUCACUACCGCUGGUACGUAAUAUGACGGUAAGUUACGAUUUUGGCCGAUUUUCAAUUAUCAUCCCUAAUGAUAUCAAAAAAUACCUUGAGAGGAAAAUAAAUAUGUAG